CGAGCUGGUAACUUUCAGGGCCACUUUCCAUCUCCCGUGUGUCUCUCAUUCUCUACUACUCUUCACUAGCUCUAUCUACGGGUAUUUUUUGAUAAUACAUUAAUCAAAAUGGCCUUCGCUGGCCAGGCACCCACUAUCAUUGUGCUUAAGGAGGGCACGGAUGCCUCCCAAGGAAAGGGCCAGAUUAUUUCUAAUAUCAAUGCCUGUGUUGCCGUGCAAUCUACCAUCAAGAGCACUCUCGGCCCGUAUGGAGGGGAUUUGUUGCUUGUCGACGGCAACGGCAAGCAGACUAUCACGAACGAUGGAGCGACAGCAAUGAAACUUCUGGACAUCGUUCACCCCGCCGCCCGCAUUCUCACCGAUAUUGCUCGGUCCCAAGAUGCCGAAGUAGGAGACGGAACAACAUCUGUUGUUGUCCUUGCCGGUGAGAUAUUGAAGGAGGUUCGGGAACUGGUUGAGCAAGGCGUGAGCGCACAGACGAUCAUCAAGGGCCUACGGAGAGGAAGUGCCAUGGCCGUCAACAAGGUGAAGGAAAUCGCAGUCGACAUUAUCGAGGCUGGCGGAAGCGAGGAGAAGAAGGUGGAAACGCUACGACGAUUGGCUGGAACUGCUAUGAAUAGCAAGCUUAUCAAGCGCAAUUCGGACUUCUUCACUAAGAUGGUGGUGGAUGCUGUGCUCUCACUCGACCAGGACGAUCUUAACGAAAAGCUGAUUGGUGUCAAGCGAGUUACUGGUGGUGGCCUUCAGGAUUCUCUCUUCGUCAACGGCGUUGCCUUCAAGAAGACUUUCUCUUAUGCCGGUUUCGAACAACAACCUAAGUACUUCAAGAACCCUAAGAUUGUUUGCUUGAACGUCGAACUUGAGUUAAAGAGCGAGAAGGAUAACGCCGAGGUGCGUGUCGAGCAGGUGUCUGAAUACCAGGCUAUCGUCGAUGCAGAAUGGCAGAUCAUCUACAACAAGCUGGAGGCUAUCUACAAGACAGGUGCCAAGGUUGUUCUCAGCAAGUUGCCGAUUGGUGAUUUGGCUACGCAGUAUUUCGCGGACCGUGACAUCUUCUGCGCUGGACGUGUCUCGUCGGACGAUAUGGACCGGGUGUGCCAGGCGACCGGGGCAGCAACACAGUCGACAUGCAGUGACAUCCAAGACCGCCACCUGGGAACUUGCGGUACUUUCGACGAGCGCCAGAUCGGCGGAGAACGCUACAACCUGUUUUCCGAGUGCCCUGCCGCCAAGACAUGUACGCUCGUGCUGCGUGGUGGCGCCGAGCAGUUCAUUGCCGAAGUUGAGCGGAGUUUGCACGACGCCAUUAUGAUUGUCAAGCGUGCUCUCCGGAAUACAACUAUCGUCGCAGGUGGUGGUGCUACCGAGAUGGAACUGUCGAGCUACAUGCACGGCUUCGCCGACCGCAACGUACCCCACAAGCAGCAGGCGGUUGUCAAGGCAUUUGCCAAGGCUCUGGAGGUGAUCCCUCGCCAGCUGUGUGACAACGCUGGCUUCGAUGCGACUGACAUCCUGAACCGUUUGCGUGUGGAGCACCGCAAGGGUAAUGUCUGGGCUGGUGUGGACUUCGACCAUGAGGGAGUUCGGGAUAACAUGGCGGCAUUUGUCUGGGAGCCUAGUCUGGUCAAGGUCAAUGCCAUCCAAGCCGCCGUGGAAGCAGCUUGCUUGAUCCUGAGUGUAGAUGAGACUAUCAGUGAGUAGACCUCUUAAGCUUCUAGCGUUGUUUGUUCGAUUUCUAUUGGCUGACACAAGCACGCUACUACAGAGAAUGAGGAAUCUGCCCAGCCUCAGGCACCUGGCCGUGGUCUUCCCCCCGGUGCUGCCCAACGGGCUCUCGGUGGAGGAAGAGGACGCGGCAUGCCCCGGAGGGGUCGGUAAAUCUAAUGCGUGAGAUGGAUGCCAUGUGGUUUGUGAUGAUGUUAGAAAACAAAAGUCAUGCAAUAGUUGAAAUCACAGCCCGGUACCUUUAUUUUACCAUCAAUAAUGUUUCAUAUUCAUAGAUUGAUUGGUUCCUAUUUGGAGAGGAGAAGAAGAAAAAAAUUCUACUUGGACUACCUACAUGUCUUUUUCUUAGAAGUUCUGCAAGUCCUAUCUUCGAAAUUUGACAAUUGAUCCACCUCACUGCGCGUCAGUAACGCUGGGGGAGAGAAUAUGAAUCGACCAAAAAAAUAAUAAAAAUAAUUGUUACAAACUUAGGACGAAUAAUAAGGCACCGAGGAGCUCCGAGAACCGAAUACUUAGGAUCUUGACUGAAUGAGGGAAUUUAAUCAAUACUCCAGCUCUUGGCUGGCUGAAAGACGGUGCGAGCCACUUCUACUGAG